AAACUACCUACAAGCUCAAACGUUAUUCCCCUUUUUAUCACUGGACACAUAUGCAGUCUCAUUGAGCUAUUUAUACCAGUCGCCACUCCGGAGUUUGUCCCAACGCAUGUCAGUUGUGAAUCGUGAUAAACAAAAUAAAAUUGUGCCCUACAAAACUGGUUAAGAUGAAGAUUCGCAUUGAAGAUGUCUGCCUUGCCCUGGCCAUCGUAAAUGCGAUCACCACAGGACUGGCCCUGUUGGGGAGCACUGUCUUGAUGUUCAUAUUUAUCGCCACUGCUCUAAGCGAGACGAAGUAUCUAGGUGAACAAAUAUUUGAUGGCAGCAGUCAAGAAAUAUAUCAAAGGAUGUUCGUAUCAGAUGAGGCCGUAUUCAACACGUUUUUGGGGACCUUUAUUGCCAUAUUGGUGCUGGCUUCGCUUAUCUCUUUCAUCUUUGCUGUGCUCCUCUGCAACGGAAUUUGCAACCGCCAGCCAGGGCAAGUAAAGGCCUACUUUAUCUACGGCGUGAUAACGACAGCAAUGGCGGCCCACGUCACAGCCGCUGUACUGUUCGACGGUCGUGACCUGCAGACCGGCCUUCUGUCGCUACUUGGUUGUGGUGAGUAAUACAGAGUAAAGGCCUACUUCAUCUACCGCGUGAUAACGACAGCAAUGGCGGCCCACGUCACAGCCGCUGUACUGUUCGACGGUCGUGACCUGCAGACCGGCCUUCUGUCGCUACUUGGUUGUGGUGAGUAAUACAGAGUAAAGGCCUACUUCAUCUACCGCGUGAUAACGACAGCAAUGGCGGCCCACGUCACAGCCGCUGUACUGUUCGACGGUCGUGACCUGCAGACCGGCCUUCUGUCGCUACUUGGUUGUGUUGUCCAGUGCCUGUUUCUCGUACUAGUAUACAAGACUUACACGAAGUUGGGCAGAGAGGCGAUGUUCAAGAAUCACUCCCGUCUGAUAGAGAGCUAAUUUUAGACGGUUGUUAUAACUGACAAGUCCGCCUUAUAGCACAAAAUAUAUCUGCUUCGUAUAUCGGGGCCUAGCCACGGUGACAAUCGUUGAUAGACGCCAAUCGCAACUUACUUAAACUCUGAUUUAUAAUUAAAUUUCAAUAAUCUAACCUCACUUUUUCUCUUUUCCGUAUGUUUUAAGAAACUAAACAAAGCUAAAAGGAUACAUCUAUGUUUAUUUUAAAUGCUAGAGUAUGCAAAAGGGUAAUUUGAGUUUACUUCUUUACAUAUUUUCCAUUAUUACGAAAGAAGAAGGAUCUGAGUGAGGUAACUUUUUUGGAAUUUAAUUACAAAUCAGUAUAUAUGCCGGCUACACACGUAACUAUAUAUUGUAGCAUUUCAGAUUGUGCAGGUAAAUCGAAGGUUCCUAUUAGUGCCUCCAGUAAUAGUCACGUGACUUAUCGUAGCAUCUGUCAUCCGUACAUUUUUAUUUUCGUUUGGCGUUUGUCGAUAUGAGAUUGUCAUCGUGGCCAGGCCCCCAGAACCAUUGCUUCUCGAUACGUAUAUGAUGACGUUCUAAGUCUGGUAGAAUGCCGGUUACUCGGUCUCGUUGGGCUCUGGAUUCAUGUGCUAAUGUUUUAAAAACACCAAAUUUUUUAUGUGAACUAUGUCCUUACAAUUUUAGUAUGCCAUUAUAUCGUUACUUGGUCAUUUUACCCAUAUAUAUGGACAAAAUGGUUUUUGGCAUGCCUGUAUAUUUUUCAAAAUAUAUAUUUUAAUAUGGUUUCUAUUCAAUUAAAGGGCUGUUAGUUAAUGAGCAAAUGGUGAAUAUUUUAUACCUAAAACCGCUUAUAAUAUAAUUACUUUAAAUAAAGAGACAUGAAUCAUAAACAAAA